AUGGAGGCAUUUACAGCUCUUCUUCGUUCUAGAGUGGAUAUGGGUCCUUUCAGUUUUCAUCCUAAACGCAGAAGUAUAGGCCUGACUCACUUGGUGUUUGCUGAUGAUCUAUUCAUCCUGUGUGGUGCCUCUCAGGACUCUUUCAGUCUUAUUAAUCAAUUGUUGACAAAUUUUCAUUCUUUUUCUGGUCUCAAACCUAACAUGCAAAAGAGCUCUGUUUUUUAUGUUAGGGUUUUUGAGACUGUUAAGCUUACUUUGAGUAGUAUUUUGCCCAUUCCUGAAGCUCAUCUCCUUGUAAAGUACCUUGGUGUUUCUCUUAUAUCUACUCGUUUAAAGGCUGCUGACUGCUUGAUUCUUAAGGAGAAAAUUUUGAAAAGGAUUCAGGGUUGGUCAAAUAGGCCGGUUUCAUAUAGAGGUAGAGCACAGCUAAUUCAGUUAGUGCUCUUUUCUGUGCAAGUCUACUGGAGCUCCAUCUUUGUUAUUCCUAGCAAAACCAUCAAAGAAAUUGAGAGUACUUUGAUGGCUUUCCUUUGGUCAAGUUUAGAGAUGAAAUCCUAUGCUGCUAAAGUCCAAUGGUACCAUGUUUGUAGCCCUAAGGAGGAGGGUGGUCUUAGCUUUAGGAGGAUAAAGGAAUGGAAUAAAGCCACAAUGCUUCGACACCUUUGGGCCAUUUGUAAUAAAGCUGACACUCUUUGGGUAAAAUGGAUUCAUAAUUAUAUUAUAAAAGGACAAUGUUUUUGGUCCAUGGACAUACCAAGUGAUGCCUCUUGGACAAUGAGAAAGGUGUUGAACCUCCGGAGUUUGGGUCAAUCCCUCAUUAAAUACCAAGUUGGGAAUGGUCAGAAUACUCACUUAUGGUUGGAUAAUUGGCAUCCUCUGGGUCCUCUUUUUAAAAGAUUUGGUGAGAGUGUUGUGUACAAUCUUGGCAAGUCUUUGCUUUCAAAGGUGUCCUUUAUUAUUCACAAUGGUGCUUGGAGAUGGCCUAGGCAAAGAAAUAGGGUUACUCAGUUUAUAGUAGUUCACACCCCCGUAGAUUCUCAGCCAAACUGCUUACAUGAAGAUUCAGUCGUGUGGCUCCCUCAUCCUAGUGGCUUUUCAGUAUUUUCUGCAUAG